AUGCUACGGAAACGUGUAAAUAUAAAAGAGAUUUCAGCAAGUUACAGAAAUACUAAUGUCACAGAGAUUUGGGCGCUUAUAGGAAUACUUGCAUUGACGGCUGUAAUGAAGGACAACCACUUGUCUACCGAUGAGUUAUUCGAUGCUUCAUUCUCUGGUACUCGAUACGUUAGCGUAAUGAGUAAAGAAAGGUUUGAGUUUUUACUACGAUGUCUAAGAAUGGAUGACAAGUCAUUACGGGCGACUCUUAGACAAGAUGAUGCUUUUUUACCUGUUAGAAAGGUAUGGGAUAUUUUCAUCGAUCAAUGCAGGUUGAACUAUACACCAGGAACAAACUUAACGGUAGAUGAACAGUUAUUAGGUUUUCGAGGUAGAUGUCCAUUUCGGAUGUAUAUACCGAAUAAGCCUAAUAAAUAUGGAAUAAAAUUCCCAAUGUUAUGUGACGCUGCAACAAAGUAUAUGGUAAAUGCGAUACCUUACAUUGGUAAGAGUACUAAAACGAAUGGCCUUCCUCUUGGCGAGUUUUAUGUUAAGGAGUUGACAAAAACAGUACACGGUAGUAAUCGAAAUAUUACGUGUGACAAUUGGUUCACUUCCGUACCACUGGCAAAAACCUUACUAAAAAGUCCAUAUAAUUUGACAAUGGUUGGAACUAUACGAUCAAAUAAAAGGGAAAUUCCAGAAGCGUUAAAAAAUACGCGUUCUCGCCCCGUGGGAUCGUCUAUAUUUUGUUUCGAUGGUCCGUUGACCUUAGUAUCUUAUAAACCCAAGUCAUCUAAGAUGGUGUACCUCUUAUCAUCGUGUGACGAAGACGGCGUAGUUGACAAUACUAAUGGAAAGCCAGACAUUAUAUUAUUUUAUAAUCAAACAAAAGGAGGUGUCGAUUCCUUCGAUCAAAUGUGUUCCUCGAUGUCGACAAACAGGAAGACAAAUCGGUGGCCUAUGACUGUUUUUUACGGCAUGCUUAAUAUGUCUUUUGUAAAUUCUUAUAUUAUUUACUGCCACAACAAGCUUUCGAGAAAAGAAAAACCAUUAAGUCGCAAGAACUUCAUCAAAAAAAUUAGCACAGAGUUGACUACGCCAUGGAUGCAACAGCGGCUGGAAGCCCCUACUUUAAAACGUUCAGUACGUGAAAAUAUAAUGAAUGUUAUUCAAAAUGAGCCGCAACCAGUACCAGAGGACGUCCCAGAACAACCAGAACCGAAAAAGCGUCGUAACUGUGGAUAUUGUUCCUAUAAAAAGGGCGGAAAACAAAUUCACAGUGCAUAA